AUGAAGUUAGCAAUUUCCCGAUGGAUUUUAUUGGUGUGCACCACAACAGUGUAUUUCGGUGUAUGUUCUGGUCAGGUCAUAUCGUUCGGAAUGCGCAAAUUGGCCGCUUCUACCAACCAGUUUGGUCUCGACCUAAUGAGAGCUAUGGACCGAUCGGAGGCAACAAUGGCUUUUUGUCCAUUUUGUAUCGGCUCAUCACUGGCACAACUACUGAUGGGAGCUCAGGGACCGAUGGAGUCGGCCUUAAGGCACGCUCUAUACUUGUGGGGAAUGCAACCGCAAGAAAUUAAUUUAGCUUUUUAUGAUAUGAACAACCAUUUGGGUGUUAAUCUUCCUUAUGGUUUACGGCACCGAAGUUCUGGUCUCUUCUCAUCAAACAAUUAUCUGACAAAUGAGACCAACGAUAAUGAAGUUAUUUUCACAAAUAACAUAUACUAUCAAAGAGAUUUCGGUAUUAAUUAUAAUUAUCAUAUUUUACUGCAAAGAUUUUAUAAGACAGCUGUCCAUCCCUUGGAUUUUGUACACAAUGGAGAAGAGACCCGACAGCACAUCAAUGCCAUCGUUGAGAUGCAAACUGGAAAUAAAGUCAAAGAUAUAUUACCUGACAGACAGUCAGCGGCCACUCAAUUGUUGUUAAUCAGUGCCUUUUAUUUUGAGGGAACGUUAGAUAUAAACAUGUCGUCCACCAAACGUCUUAAUAAUCACAUCUAUAAUAAUAAAGUUAAUAAUAAUUUAAUAAAACCAAUGCAUGGAUACGACGCCUUUGGCGAUGAAUCGACAAUUCUUGAGUCGAGACGAUCACGAAUUAGACACGGAAUCAAUACUUACCUGAACUGUACGGCCGUUGAAAUGCCAUUCAAAGGCGGUAUCAUAUCUUUAGUCGCUAUAAUGCCUCACGAUAUCAAUGGAUUGGAUCUAAUGCUGACCCGAAUGAGUGCACAAAUGCUUAGCGAUGUUGUCAGUGGUCUCGAAGUUAAAAGAGUUUCACUAAAAAUGCCUAAAUUGAGUUUCGAAAAGAGUAACCGCAAUCUGUCCCGUGCUUUCGCUAAUAUGGGUUUAUCGGAUCUCUUCAAACCAGGCUAUGCCAACCUCUACCACAUAUCUGAUUAUAAAUGGCUUCACGUGUCGGAAGUCCUGCACAAGACGUACAUCGAUAUCAAAGAAUCGGCUUUUCCUAUGCAUUCAUACAAUAGUUCUUCAAAUGUCAAGAAUUUUAACACAAACUUCAAGAACCAACACAACAGUGAUGUAACACACGUUGAGUUUGACAAACCGUUUGUCUAUUUUAUUGUCGAUAAUAUUAGUGGACUUAUUCUAGUGAUGGGCAAAGUUGGUCGCGAACCGGCUAAUUAUAGACUUCCCGUUUAA